AUGUCACAAAAAGUUCCACAUGUUAUCGAUCAAGAACCAUUUCGUGUUAAAGCAUUUUAUGAGAAUCUCAUCAGAAUUCAAGAAUUAGCUUUAACCCGUAUAAAAUGCGGGGGCUUUGUUCAUCAAACAAUGAACAUUUCCCAAGGCUUAAGAUUAAGACGUUCGCUUGAUUCUACUUUAUUUUAA